AUGAAAUUCCAAUUAAAUGGGUCUUUUUCCCUGUUGAUCGAGGAAGGAGAGAUCCCUGACUUUGAGCAGUUCUUCUAUUCAUUUUCUCCCAAUGACUACCCCAACAAUGCACUCAUUGCAUCUACAUGGCAAGACAUGGUUGGAUGUUUUUCUAAUGACAUUCCCAGCUUGCCAGGAGCAAUACCUGAUGAAACAGUUAAGACCUGCACAGGGAAUGAGACUCUCAGUGAUGCAGAUUUAUCAGUGUAUGGGAAUCACAAUUACAGAAUCACUUAUAGAGUUUACACUGCAGUCUAUGCACUGGCACACGCCCUGCACAAUCUCUACUCUGCUCAGCCACCAGCCAAUCACUGGGACAAACUAGAAAGUCUGAAAAGAAAUGUUAAACCCUGGCAAAUAAAUAGAUUUGUACGUAAUGUGACCUUUGCCACUUUUCCCAAUGUCACCCACUCUUUCAACAAAUAUGGGGACCCACCGGCACAAUUUGACAUUAUAAACUGGCUUUUUAUUCCGGGGCAUGAAAUUGUUACAACAACAGUUGGAGACUUUAAUGCAUCAGACCACAAAAUUCUAUUUUAUAUCAAAAGCAUCUCUGACCUGUGGGGUUCACAAUUCAAUAUGGCUUUAAGAUUAAAAAGCAGAUACAACCCCAUCAAAUUCACUCUUUCUCAAAAUAUGCUACAUGAUCCAGCAGAAGACAAAAUCCAAAGUCCUCUGUCUCUGUGCAAUGAACCUUGUGCCCUAGGACAUAGAAAGUCUAAAAAAGAAGGGGUGCCAUCUUGUUGUUAUGACUGUGUCCCAUGUGUAGAUGGGGAAAUGUCCAACACAACAGAUGCUCCAAGUUGCUUCAAAUGCCCUGGGUAUGAAAUGUCCAAUAAAAAUAGAACUGGUUGUGUUCCCAAAAUGAUAAACUACCUUUCCUAUGAGGACACUCUGGGAGCCAGUUUAGCUUCCACUGCCUUAAUGCUCUUCAUCACAACCUCUGCAGUUCAGGGAAUCUUUGUGAAAUAUUGGGACACUCCGAUUGUGAAAGCCAAUAACCAAAGUCUCAGCUGUCUCCUCCUCAUCUCUCUCAUGUUGUGUUUCCUCUGCACUUUAUUAUUCAUUGGACGCCCAACACCAAUAUGUUGUCUCCUCCGACAAGUCACAUUUGGGAUUGUAUUUACCAUUUCUGUUUCAUCUGUGUUGGCUAAAACUCUCACAGUUAUUAUUGCCUUCAAUGCCACAAAGCCUGGGAGCAAGCUGAAGAAGUAUGUAGGAUAUAAAGUGGCUUUUGUAUUAGUGACUAUAUGUUCUCUUGGUUCAUCUGGAAUCUGUUUUGUCUGGAUGACAUUUGAUCCCCCAUUUCUGGAAGCUAGCAUGUUUUCUCAAAGGGACAUCAUAAUUUUAAUGUGCAAUGAGGGAUCUGUCACUUUUUUCUUCUGUAUAAUUGGAUAUAUAGGAACUUUGGCCCUACUAAGUUUCAUUGCUGCAUUUCUAGCCAAGGAUUUCCCUGACCGAUUUAAUGAGGCUAAAAACAUCACAUUCAGUAUGUUGGUGUUCUGUAGUGUGUGGGUGACAUUUGUCCCUGCAUACCUGAGCAGUAAGGGGAGUAGAAUGGUGGCUGUUGAGAUAUUUGCCAUCUUAUCCUCUAGUGCUGGAUUAUUGGGCUGUAUAUUUGCCCCUAAAUGUUACAUCAUAUUUCUCAGGCCUGAACUAAACACAAGAGUUGCUGUUGUCUGAAAUCAGUGAACUUGUCAUUUAAAAUAUAAAUCUUUUAGAGUUAAAGCUGAUAUUUACCAUGCUUAUUCAAUUGU